AUGUUUUCCAUAGUGGCUGCACCAAUUUAUACUCCCACCAGUAGUGCACAGGGUUCCCUUUUCUCCAUAUUCUCUCCUGUUUUAAAUCUCUUAAAAUGUGUUAAUUUUUUAAAAGAUCACCUUGGUUACUCUGUGGACCACAGAUUAAAGGGAGACACAAAGAGUUGCAAGGAGACCAGUUCAGGAGGCUGUUGUAAUAAUCCAAGAGAGAGAUGGAUGUGGAUCAGACUAAGGCAGUGGAGAAAAAUAGAUGAUUUUCAGAGAUAUUUGGAAGUGAAUUUAACAGGAUUUGGCUAUUAA